AUGGAUGAUCUCAGCCGCACAGACAAGUUCUAUUUACGCGGGGGUCUCUUGUCUCUGCUGAAUGAGCCGGAGCUACUCCACGCGAUCGAGAGCCGCUUUGCUCGAGAUGUGAUUUACACGAGCACAGGCCCUGUGUUGCUGGCGGUGAACCCAUUCAGAACGUUGCCGCGCUUGUACGACUCCGACUGCCUGAACACCUUCCUCUCUACGGAGGAUCCGGAGGCACUGUUGCCGCCCCACGUGUACCGCACGUCCUGGCAGGCGUACAGGCUCAUAAAGUGCACCGGCGCACCGCAGACGAUCCUGGUCUCUGGCGAGAGUGGCUCUGGGAAGACAGAGACUACCAAGUUCGUGAUGCGUUACCUUGCUUUGGCCGGUUCUGGGGGUUCGGAGGCCGCGCUCUCGGUGGUGGAAAGGCAGGUCCUGGAGUCCAUUCCACUGCUGGAGGCCUUCGGCAAUGCCAAGACCUUGCGGAAUGACAACUCCUCGCGGUUUGGGAAAUUCACAGAGCUCCAGUUCAGCCACCACGGCCAGCAUGAAAACCCGCGCCUCGCUUCGGCACAGACCCAUUGUUACCUCCUCGAGAAGGUACGAGUGGUAGGGCAGCAGCAAGGCGAACGAAACUUCCACAUCUUCUACCAGGUCCUAAGCUUCUUCCGUGCACGAGUCGCGGAGACGCCGCUGGAGUCACUGGAGCUGCGAAACCUGGCCCUGCCGGAAGGCAUGAGCCACAAGCCAGAGGAUUAUGCGUACCUGAACAAGUCAGGGUGCCAUGACCUCGCCGACCACGACGAGGUACAUGACUUCCUCGCAACGGUCGGGGCCUUCAGUGCUUUGAAGAUGGCCGAAGAUGUGCACAGCAUUGUGGCCUGCACCUUUGCGGUGCUGCAGCUGGGAAAUAUCGUCUUUGAGGCCGACUAG